AUGGUUGCUCGGUUGCAGGUGGUGCAGUACCUGAUCGUGGUGACGUGCUACGCGAGCGUGUACACGCUGGUGCUGAUGUCGUUCGACCGCUACCUGGCCGUGGUGCACCCCGUGUCGUCUAUGGGGCUGCGCACCCAGCGGCACGCGCUGUCCGCCAUCGCCGUCACCUGGGUCGUCAUCCUGGCGGCGUGUGCGCCCGUCUACACCAGCCACGGCGUCGUCGGCUACGACUUCGAGAAGAUACACCACACCGCCUGCGUCUUCCUAGAGGCCACUCACAACAAGCCCGCCUUCCAGAUUCUGCGAGAAUACACCACGCCCAGUCGCCGCACGGCCCUGCCCUGCACACGGCACAUUGUGUCAGUCUCAUACGUCACGGAAGAUUGAUUGUAGACAUACAGCAAGAUACUAAGCUACAAGCAUGCAG